UCCUUCGGGCUUUAGUAACGACUCACCACUCUCUGAUGAGGAACUUGACAUAACGGUCAUUUCCUCGUCUCAAAGUGGUGAGUCAUCACAAAAGACCGCUAAGAACACUCCUAACGAGACUUGCGUGGAGUCCCAAAUCCAGGAGGGUUCAUCGUCGGUAACCUCCGAUGCUAAAAGCCUCGAUCGGCAAGAUACCAUCCUUGUAGGCACUGGCAGGAAAUCUACCAGUAACCCUACCUCUCACGAUGGUGUCGAACCGAAGGAGGCGAAAGCAAGGCGGGAUUAUAAAAGGUCAAUAAAUUAUUGCAAAAAAUUUAUUGGCCGAGACCCCGCGCACAUAACGGAGAGAGAGAGGAUUCUGAUCAAGAUGAACCUCAAGGUAAUUGCUAAGUUUGAGAAGAACCACCCGCACUUACCAAGUUGUUCUCUUAAUCAGAUACUCCUAACUCUCCCACCACCUAACAUCAACAGUAGGGCAAACUCUUCCAUAGUUCAACCCACUGUUGAGAACCCUGCAGAGGUCAGCAAGUCCACCACCGACAGCAAGGCCACUCCGGCUGUUGUCCACGCGGUGACACCUAAUGCUGGACCUGCUGGGUCAUCUACCCCAAAAUGCAGGGACAGGAAGGUCAAGAAGCCGGAACCUGUGAUAGCUGCAGCCUCGACAGUUCCAACGGAGGCCGACACCCCUUCACGCUCGGCGUUGAAGAGGGGCCGGUCUACGGAGGAACCACACCCUGAGGCCAAGAAGGUAUCUAAGGCCCCGGCUUCUCGGCCUUUACCUACAACUUCCACUUCGUCUGUCAGCAAGUCGCUUGUGACCAAACCACCCCCAACAGGCCCUUCAAGCUCCAAGCCUGAUAAGGCCCACAAAGGAGAGGUCAAGUCACAAACGGCAGGCCAAGCAGGACGAAAGAGGAAGUACUCCCAGACGAUCUACCCGGAUAAUCUCCGAGUAGCAAUCAUUGACAGGGCUGAACCGGAAGGUAAAAUCAGCGAUAGUCGAUGGCUGCUAUUCGAAGAUCGACUGAGGGAGCUUGUCUUUACGGGAGAGGGUGACCCACGAAGGAUGCAGUUUGGCAGCGCCACCCUUUACAGAGGCGCGAAAGUCAUGUGCUGCGAAAACCAGGAAUCUAAGGAUUACCUAGUCACCGCAGUAUCUGGCUUCCGUGACCUAUGGCAAGGAUGCGAUCUGGCGGCUGUAUCCUUAAAGGACAUCCCCUGCCGUAGAGUAUUGACAGCAUGGGUGCCACCACCAUCUGUGGAUCCGGCACGCAUCCUGACAAUACUAGGCAAGCAAAACCCCAACCUCAAAACAGACAGCUGGCGUCUUGUCAGUUCUACCACUGAGGGAGGGGGCCUGGUCAUCAAAGUAUCCAUGGAUAAGGAUGGCCAGGAGUAUCUUCAAGCUCGUGGGGGAAAAUUGCACUUCGGCGCCGGGUGGAUCCGCUUCCGGCUAACGCAUUAGGAGGAAGGAAGCAGCAGCUACUCAAUAUCAUGCAGAUUAAUCUGCAUCACUGCAAAGCAGCUGCUGCUGAACUCCUCCUAUCCCUCACGAGAUCUGAAGUUGACAUAGCCCUAAUCCAGGAACCCUAUACAUACAAUAAUAGGGUAACUGGGUUAGGGAGUGGGCAGUAUGUCACUUACGCGGUCUCCAAUGGUGAUAAGCAACUACAGUGGAGGAGACGUCACGGUAGCGAGAAUGGAAUGCAAAUCCGGGAGGGUUCUCUUUUUCAUUUCUCUCUACCUACCGUAUGAGCGACCUGACCCACCCGGCCACGAGGUAGAGGAGCUGCUCGACGAUCUGGUCAACAACGGGCACAUAAUUAUAGGUUGUGAUGCCAACGCACACCACUUCCAAUGGGGCAGUACGAAUACUAACGUCAGAGGUGAGUCGAUUUUUGAUUUUAUUUUGAAAUAUAACCUUAAAAUAUGUAAUAGGGGCAACGAUGCAACAUUUCUAGUCAAAGACAGGGCUGAGGUCAUUGAUCUCACCCUUACUAACAAGGAUGAAUCUCUCAUACUAGAUUGGAAAGUUUCUCUCGAAUGCUCAUUCUCAGACCAUCGAAAGAUAAAUUUCAAAAUACUGGUGGAGGGUAUUCAUCAAAAACCUCAUAGAAACCCAAGAAAGGCAAAUUGGGACAAAUUUACGGAGCUGGCUAUACCCUGGCUUCACCGUUUCGACAACAUGGUCUUAAUCUCAACCCUCGAUAUAGACAACUCCGUAAAUGCGAUAACUAGUGCCUUAAUUGGGUGUUAUGAAAAAGUCUGUCCACUAACCCACCCGGGAAAGAAAUGUCAACCUGUUUGGUGGUCAAAACAUUUAGCCAAUUUAAGGAGGGAUAGUAGACGACUGUACAAUAGGGCCAACAAGACCAAACAUAGUACGGACUGGGAUGCCUACAAAGCAUCCUUCAACAAGUACAACAGUGAGAUCAAGAAGG